CGCUUCCUCUCCUCCUCUCGACAGCAUCCAGAACUAUAGCGCAGCCGUCCCCAUCACUCGUUUUCCUCCCCUCCUCUCUCUCUCUCUCUCUCUCUCUCUCUGCCAGAUCUCUCUCCUCUGCGUCUCUCAUCCCUUUCGCCUCCCCCCCACCUCACCACCUCCCCCUCCACCCCCCUCUCAAACCUCCCUGGCUGGUCCCUCUCACUCCUCUGACGCACGACAGAGAAACGGACCCGAGGAAAGAAAGACGGGGAAAAAAGAGAGAAAAAAAGAAAAGGAGAAGCAGCAGCUGACCCAACAAACGUCGAUGUGAUCCACGGACUCUCCUACUCCUGCUGCGCCCGACAGAAGUAGGCUCCCGAAGCCGAGGGGGAGAACACUCUCACCCGGCUGCACUGCUGUUGAGCGCUCGCCCGGGAGGCGGCGGAGGAGAAGCAGAAGAAGGAGGAGGAGGAGGAAAGGGGUGGAAGAGGAGGAAGUGGACGGGCACAAGUCGAGGACUUGCAUUUUAAGCAAACUGCUCUGGAGAGAGAGAGAGAGGAAAGAAACGGAGACGAGAAGAAGGGGAGAGAGUCACCGGAGAGUGAGAGUGGGAGAGAUUGCAUUCCUAUCACGUCUUAAUUUCUCCUCUCUUUUGCCUCAGUCACUGAGAGAGGGUGAGAGAAGUAGAAGGAGAGAGAGGGAGAGAGAAAGAGAGAGAGUGGGGGGAAAGAGAGAACGAGCAAGAGAGAGAUCUAACAAGAUUCAAACUAGUGGUCUUUUUUCCCGAUGCUUUCCAAUUGCAGUGCGAAACUAAGCCCGGCGUCGGACGGUGAGCGGAACGCACCGGGCAAGAACGGGACACAUCGCAGGAGGAUAUGUGAAGUUGGAAUCCCACUAAACUAACGGAAUCGAUAAAUCCUGGUGGAUUACGCAUGGAGAGGGAGAUGAAAACCGUGAAUCUCGCAGCAAGGAGACCGAGAGCAGGGAUGUCUGAUUUUUUUAAUCACAUUUUUUUUUUUUUUUUGCAUUAAUGCUGCGUUUUGUCACGUCUUUUUUGGGAUUAUAUUUUCUGUACCCUCCUCGCCUUUUUUCCACUGGUGCUGGGAUUUUGAUUUCAGCACCCUGGACAGCGGCUCUGCUACGGCAAACAGUUCCAGCGCACCAACUCUGGAUUUUCAACCUUUCCUUUGAACGGAUAGAAGUGUGUACAUGUAUGAAAAGUCACAGCUUACAGAGCAGAUUUUCAGAGGCUGUAUGUGUCUCUGUGUAUGUGUGAGUGUGUGUGUGUGAGAGAGAGAGAGAGAGAGAGGGACAGAGAGAAGGAGGGAGGGAAAUAUUUCGCACAUAACACCAUGGAGAUACUGAAUCUUCGACCAGCCCGUCUUUUUUCCCCUUUUUUUCGGAGAGAAAUUUUAGGAGCCUUUAGCAUUCUUUGUUGGCACUAUUACAAUUAUUAUUACUUUUUCACGUCUCGUUCCUUCACAUAUGGUGGUAUUUUUAUUCUAGGCUGCUCGGAUGUACUGAAACACUGCCUCAUGACUGCGCUUCUCGGAGCAGGAGCUUCGCCCGCUGCGCUUUUCUUUUUUGCCGUUGCUCCUCUAAUCCUCAAAUGGCAUCAGCAAUCAGUGUUGUGAAGUGGCUCUGUCCCUGGAGCCAAGACUUCAUCCCCUUGGUGUCAGCGAGGAUGCUGUGGGUUACCUUGCUGAGCACCAUAGCCUUAGGAUGGACCACCCCGAUCCCACUACUAGAGGACUCCGAGGAGAUCGACGAGCCCUGCUUCGAGCCCUGCUACUGCGAGGUCAAAGAGGGCAUCUUCCACGUCCACUGUGACAGUAAAGGAUUUACAAAUGUCAGCCAGAUCUCCCAGAUAUGGAGUCGGCCCUUCAAGCUCAACCUGCAGAGAAACUCCAUGAGGAAGCUUUAUUUUAACAGCUUCCUCCAUCUUAACAAUGCCAUAUCCAUUAAUCUGGGUAAUAACGCCUUGCAAGAUAUCCACGCCGGAGCGUUCAAUGGCUUAGGAAUACUCAAACGGCUGUUCCUGCAUGAAAACAAACUAGAAGUUUUCCGAAACGACACUUUCCUGGGGUUGGACAGUUUAGAGUAUCUUCAGGCAGACUACAAUGUUAUCAAAAGGAUUGAAAGUGGUGCAUUCAGGCACCUUCACAAAUUGAGAGUGCUCAUACUAAAUGACAAUCUGAUCCCAGUGCUCCCAAACUAUCUUUUUCGGUCUGUAUCACUCACACAUCUGGACUUGAGAGGAAACAGACUAAAGACUUUGCCGUAUAAGGGCAUGCUGGAGUAUGUGGGGAGGAGCUUGAUGGAAAUCCAGCUGGAAGAGAAUCCCUGGAACUGUGUGUGUGAGAUUGUCCAGUUAAAAACGUGGCUGGAGAGAAUCCCUUACACAGCUUUGGUGGGUGAGAUCACAUGUGAGUACCCGUUCCACUUACACGGGAAAGACUUGCGGGAAAUCAAGCGCAGUGAGCUCUGUCCUCUGCUCUCCGAUGCAGAGAUUGAGGCCAAACUGGGAAUUCCCCGGGUUCCGUUCAGCAAUGAGAACACAUGGCCUACUAAACCUUCCUCCAUGCUCUCCUCCUUUCACAACACAGCCUCUUCUGUGGAAUAUAAGGAAAGAGUUGUCAAGCCGACCAAACGACCUCGGCCCACAAAGAACCCCCCAACUCCUCGUAGCAUCUAUCCGGGCAUCAACCAGCCCCCCAUUGCCGGUUACCAAACAAGGCCUCCCAUUCCAAUCAUUUGUCCAGCUGGAUGUAUUUGCAAUCUCCACAUCAAUGACCUGGGGUUAACAGUGAACUGUAAAGACAAAGGUUUUCACAACAUCUCAGAGCUCUUGCCACGACCCCUCAAUGCCAAGAAAUUGUAUCUAAGUGGGAACCUAAUACAGAAAAUCUAUCGUUCAGAUUUCUGGAACUUCUCAAGUUUGGAUUUAUUACAUUUAGGGAACAAUCGGAUAUCCUACGUCCAGGAGGGCGCCUUUAUCAACCUACCAAACUUGAAAAGCUUAUAUCUCAAUGGGAAUGACAUUGAGAGACUCACCCCUGGGAUGUUUCGGGGGCUUCAAAUGUUGAGUUAUCUUUACUUUGAGUAUAAUGUAAUUCGUGAGAUACAACCUAACUCCUUCUCCCUAAUGCCCAACCUCCAGCUGGUUUUCCUCAAUGACAACCUGUUACGCUCCCUCCCAACUGAUGCUUUUGCUGGCACCAACCUUGCACGUCUCAACCUGCGCAACAAUUACUUCCUCUCCAUGCCUGUGCGUGGCGUCCUGGAGCAUCUGCACUCCAUAGUCCAGAUCGAUCUCCAUCAGAAUCCCUGGGAGUGCUCCUGUGAUAUCAUCCCUCUCAAGCAGUGGCUGGAAAAACUCUCCUCAGUCAUUGUAGUUGGAGAUGUCCUCUGCAAGACACCUGAGUUCGCUUUUGGGAAGGACCUGCGUUCACUUGAGGUGGAGGUCAUCUGUCCUGAGCUUAAGUAUUCUUCAGGCCCCUCCCCGGCUCUGCCCGGCAGAGAUGAUCUCACCACGGGGAGCUCUGACAUGGGGGAGGCAGGUGGGAGAGGGGCUGUCCCCCUGUCUGUCCUCAUCCUCAGCCUCCUCAUCCUCUUCAUCUCUGCCGUGUUUGUGGCUGCCGGGCUUUUUGCCUUUGUUCUUCGCCGCAGGAAGAAACUGCCCUUCCGGAAACGCUCCGAGGUCGAUCUGACAGGGAUCCAAAUGCAAUGCAGGAUUUUUGAGGACCCGCCGAGGCAAAGCAGUGCUGGGAACAUUGGCACGCCAGAGAAACCGCCACCCAGUAUGCACACACACACUCACGCCAGUCACACACAUGCUCAUGGCCACGUUUAUGACUACAUCCCCCACCCAGUGACUCAGAUGUGUAACAACCCCAUCUAUAAGCCCAGAGAGGGGGAGAUAGCAGAGGAGGAGCGAGCACAGUUUUCAGAGAAGAAAGACAAUGGCAGCAGUAGCAACAGUAACUACAGAACCUUGUUAGAGAAAGAAAGAGAGUGGACCCUGGCUGUCUCCAACUCUCAACUCAACACCAUCGUCACAGUCAACCACACCACAGCUGACAUGGCAGGAUUUCAUGAGAAUGGAGGGCUCUGCCCUACAGUGAUUGACAGUCAGAGGCCCACGCCAACAGUGGGUUUUGUAGACUGUUUGUAUGGGACAGUGCCCAAACUAAAGGACAUGCAUGUGGCGCAUGCGCAUCCACCAGGCAUGCAGUAUCCGGAUUUGCAGCAGGAUGCACGGCUGAAAGAGACAUUGCUUUUCACGGCGGGGAAAGGCUGCUACCCCGACCCGUCCCAAAGCGAUUACCUCGAGUUAAGGGCCAAACUUCAAACCAAGCCGGAUUACCUCGAAGUCUUGGAAAAGUCUUACCGGUUUUAGCAUCUCUAACCCAUGGAGAGAAAAAGAAAAAACAAAACACAAAGUCAACAUAUUCACUUUGCCACCCUCAAAAACAAAAUCACCCAAAUCCAAUAUUAAAAAAUUAACUUGAAAAAGCAGCAUGAUAUAAAAUAAAAAUAUUAUACUACAGUCACAACAAUGUUUCCCCCCCAAAUCACUUUGGAGGAGAGGCCAUUCUCAGAUAUUUCAAUUAAGUGCCUUUUUUUCAGAGUAGCCAGCAAUGUCAACAGCCGUUAUUUUUAUAAUAUAUAAAUAUCUCUAUAUGCCCACAAGAGAGCAAAAGAGGAACAAGAGGGGCACUGGGGAAUAAAACAUAUAAACCAUCCUACAUCUGUCACUAAAAUCCGUUUUUAUGGAGUUACCGUGAUGCGUUACCAGUUACCAUGAAGACACACGGGAGCUGGACGUCUCCCUGACUUGGGGUUUUCCUUUCUGUCUCUUUUACCCCCUGACUAGGAUGUACAAACACCUGGAGGCCGUGCACAUAAAGUUUGUAGGAAAAGAUCGAAAGAGAGGAAAAAAAAACACAUAUAUUAAAAUGAACUGCAGUUUGCUGCAUGCACUCGCUUCAGUGCAGGAAGUGAGAGGAUUUACUCAGAACUAUCACAUCACAUUAUGAACAGAGAUACUGCAACGCAUUUACAGUUCAGUGUUCUAUUUAAUUUUUAUAUCUUAUUAAUAUGGUUAUUACUAUCAAUGAGGACUUCUGUCUAUAUCAGGAUGCUUCUCGUAAGAAAGAAGCGCUGACGCACGGAUGGUAAAACAUUUGUGAAUAUUAUUAUAAGACAAUGCCGAAGGUUUUCUGGAUAUUUCCACACACUUUGUUAAGACCCCUCCCCUCCAUUGCUUCUGGAUUCCCCAUCGCCACCCACUAACGGCUUUGUAGGAGGCACUUUUAAUGUUUUCUCUCUCACAAAGAUUUGAAGAAAAAUGUGCAUAUAUUUAUUCUGUAAUUUCAGUGAAGAAUUUAAUUGUAAAGGUAAUGUUAAAUCAAUGUAUAGUGAUUAUGCGUCUGGUAUAGCCUUCUUAAUAAAAACAAACUCUUCAAUCAAAUGAUGAAAGGGUUGAUGCCACGGUAACCUGUGUGUGGAGCGCUGCUAACAGGGUGUUUAUUUUUGGUGUCCUGUUGAAGCUGUGUUCAGCCACAGAGAUAAUGCUGCUGGAGAUGAAAUAAUAGAGACAGAGAACGUCGAGGAGGGCAAUAACAUUUAAACACAGCUUAGCUUCUUGAUAUUUUUGGAGUGCUACCAAAUUUAUUUAAGUCAAGGUUGAUAAAAGGGGCAGAGCUUUUUAAAAAAAAAAAAAUCCUGAAAAGAACAGUCUCUUCUGUUUAAUGGUAGUAGUGCACUAUUUUUGUUACACUACAUUGUUGGUGCUAGUUGGAUGCAAUCUGGAGUUAAAGGAAAAUGCCAGAUCGAGUCAAGAGAAUGCUGCUGGUUUUGAAGUGGAUGAAAUGAGAGGCAUGUGAGGCAUGCUGCGAUACACAGGUAUUGCUGAUCUAGGCUAAUAAACAGUAAUUGAGAGGGUGAGUGAAAACGUGAUUGGAAGAUGCUCUGAAUUUUCACAUCUGAUUCCUGUGACUCCCUCCAAAGUAGCAGUGUGGAUUCAGUCCACUGGAGGGCGAUAAAAAGGUGUUCUCAUUCAUUUGGGUAUUUGUCAGAUUGGAUGCAGUUACAAGGUCACGCACAAAAUGUUUAUCCUGAAAGGUAAUAAAGUUUCAUAUUCAGGUAAAUAUUCAUAUUAAUUAUUUUCUAAAUAUUUAUAUACAAAAGUAGUAGGUGGCUUGCUAAUUUUUUGUUAGUUUCAGCAGUUUCAUAAGUUUCACUUUUUUCCCUUUUUCAUCUCGUGAUGUUUUUGGGGUUUUUUUUGCAUUGUUUCAAUGCAGUGAUUUUUUUUAAAGCAAUGUUUUAUUGGACUUUUUUUUGUUCAAGAUUGUUGAUUACUGACUUUUUUAUUGCACCGAUAUCUCAUGGGGUAAAAUAUCCCUCAAUUGCCUCCUUCAAAGGAAUCAUCAUUUGCUUUAAUUUAGCUUUCCAUAAAAUGCCAUAUGUCCCUAUCUUAGCCUCAUUCAUUCUGGGACCAAGGGCAGACAAAAUACAACAGAACGGAAAACAAAUAUCUGAAAACAUGUUUGAACCAGCUGUAGGUAAAUGUGCUUUUAAAGUACACUGACGUUAUUUGUUUUUUUGCCUCUUUCCUAAGGUGAAAUUAUAUAUUGGGUGAAAUAUGAUGUCUUCUUGAUGUUGAUAAAUUUGUGAAUAUCUAUGGAAGGAAGCUGCAUUUUCAAAUUUGUUUUAAAAUGGGCAUGAUAUGCAAUUUGCUUUGAUUUCAAUAGGUUCACUAGGAGUGGUGAUACUCAUUUGCAACUGGGUGUUAUAGUUUGUCAUAUGUGUCAACUUACAGUAAGUCAGAGAUAUGUAGCAAACCACAUACUUUCCUGUUAAUUGGGGAUGCCCUUAGCAUCUAGAACAGUCUUCUCUAGUUUUGCUCAUCAGUGAUUCAGUCUAUAAGUUUGCCUAAUACGGAACAUUUUACCUUGUGUUGUAUCCAUUGUUUCUUUUUUCUUUAUUUUGACCAUUAUUGUUGCUGAAAUAAGUGGAGAUCACCUUCAUAUAAAGCCUUUGGAAGCAUGGUUGCAUUACGUCAAGGCUCUUUGUUUUCUGCUUUCAGAAAGUUUCACAAUGCUGUACCCUCAUGUUCCGCUGCCUCACCUCAUUUGUCUGCUACUUUUAUGCUUUAUUCCUUAUACACAUGCAGAUACAUAUGCGCACACACUUACACACACAUAAAGCAGCCUUCCUUUCCCUGACCAUGAGGUCAGACUAUAUGGUCAGCAUUUUUAGCGUGCACUCAGUUUGAUUAAAAACAUAAUGUAUUACUCUGUUAACCCCAACCCUCACCGUCACACCCACUCCCAAACGAAUAAAUGAAUAAAUAAAGUUUUGGGAUCACUGAUAAUUUUGCUUUAGUCCCAUAACUUGGCAACUUUUUUUCCUCCACCCCCAUCACCCGCCUACCAUAAUAUUUCACAAAUGACUGCUGGGCUUUGUCCCACUAUCCCAUGCUGAGUGGUUUUAUCCCAAUAAAUCCUCUUGUUAUCCUGCA